AUGGAAUCUUUCGAAGGAAACGACGAUCAAGAAGUUUGGUUUGGACUGGAGCAAGAAUUCACUCUGUUCAACUUGGAUCAAAAGACUCCCCUUGGAUGGCCCGAAGGAGGUAUGCCUUCUCGCCCGCAAGGUCCUUACUACUGCAGUGUUGGCCCCGAAAACAAUUUUGGAAGGAUGAUCACCGACUCCCUCUACAAGGCUUGCUUGUAUGCUGGAAUUACCAUCUCUGGAACCAACGGAGAAGUCAUGCCUGGUCAACAAGAAUACCAAGUUGGACCCUGUGUUGGAAUUGAUGCUGGAGACCAAUUGAUGAUGUCCCGAUACAUUUUGCAGCGUGUCUGCGAAGACUUCCAAGUCUACUGCACACUCCACCCCAAACCCAUUGUGGAAGGUGAAUGGAACGGAGCUGGUAUGCACACAAAUGUCUCCACCAAGAAAAUGCGUGAAGAGGGUGGACUCGAGGACAUCAAGCAGGCCAUCUACAAGCUUGGAGCCAAGCACGCAGAACACAUUGCUAUUUAUGGUGAAGGAAAUGAAUUGAGAUUGACUGGUGCCUACGAAACUGCCUCCAUUGAUCAAUUUUGCUAUGGUGUUGCCAACCGUGGAGCAUCUAUCCGUAUUGGACGUGACACAGAAGCUGAGGGCAAGGGAUACUUUGAGGAUCGUCGUCCAUCAUCCAAUGCUGAUCCUUAUCUCGUCACAGGAAAGAUCAUGGGAACCAUCAUGGAAGAUGUCGAUGUCCCAGCAAUCGCCCCCAUGGACAAAGAAACCGCUUAG